UGGAGGCAGAGACAAAAGGCCUUCCUCCUAAAGGGGAAAAGUGAAACACGGGUCAGGCCAACCUCCUCUGGCGCCAAGUUCUCUCUUUGAGCAACUGGAUAAGCAUGUCAGGAGUGCGCAUCGUGUUGCAGAGACUCUUGGUGUGGGCGGCUUUCCUCUUACUGGAAGGUUCAAAGUCCCAUUCAGAAGAGUUUGCGCCACAAAUAAUUGACCACCCCUCUGACCUUGUGGUUGGACAGAACCAGCCUGCUACCCUGAACUGCCGUGCCACCGGAAACCCAGCUCCCACGAUUGAGUGGUAUCGCAAUGGAGAGCGCGUGAAAACAACCGAAGGUGAUGCUACAUCCGAGCCUACCCUCCUGCCCGAUGGGUCCCUCUUCUUCCUCCAACUCAGCCAGAAGAAGGGCAAGUCAGAUGAGGGUGUGUACAACUGUGUGGCCAGAAACCACUUGGGCACCGCCAUGAGCAAGAACGCCUCACUCUAUGUGGCAGCUCUGCGGGAAGAUUUUCGGCUUCAUCCCAGUGAUUCAGUGGUGACCAGUGGAGAACAAUUGUUGCUAGAAUGCACUCCCCCUCGGGGACAUCCAGAGCCUAAAGUCUCAUGGAAGAAGAAUGGAAUCCCCAUAAAUGAGGAAAGUGGACGUUAUGAGGUCUCUGGUGCAAACCUUCUGGUAGCCCAUGCUCUGAAAAGUGAUUCGGGAGCAUAUAUUUGUUUGGCCACUAAUACAGUAGGAGAGAGAGAAAGCAGAGCAGCCUUGGUGUCUGUCUUGGAGAAGCCAGUGUUCACUCGGAGACCUAGUGACAUUGUGGCCAAACUUGGAAGCACCAUUCACUUCAUGUGUGCAGUCCAUGGAGACCCAGUGCCCACUGUCCAGUGGCACAAGGAGUAUGGAGAGCUUCCCUCAGAAAGGUAUGACAUAAGCCAAGAAAACACCCUUCAGAUUCGCCAUCUGACCAUGUCCGAUGCUGGGAAAUACACCUGUACCGCCUACAAUCAGGUGGGGACCAUCUCUGCCAAGGCAUCUUUAACAGUGCAAGAUCUGCUGGACACUGGCCAAAGGGAGCAAGACUGGCCGAAAGGUGCCUUGAAGGAGCUGAUGGACAUCAGGGUUUACCUGGCAAAUGUCACUGCUGUUUCCUCGGCUCCUGCAGCCCACCUGCACUGGAAAGUCAUCCCCACCGCCCAGCACAUAGAAGGUUACAUGGUCCUCUACCGCACACUGCUUCCUGUGAGCACACAUUGGGCUGAAUGGAAUGUCCCAAGAGACCACCGGGCUAUUGUUCCAGCUCUUGAGAGAGGCUACAAGUAUGAAUUCAAAGUGCGACCGUAUUCAGGGAAUUUCCACGGCUCAGAGAGCAAUACGAGACAUCUCUGGAUCCCAGAAGAAGCACCCAGUGCCGCUCCUCAGAGCAUCAGCAUUACCGUGUCACAAGGUGGGAAUGGCACUGUGAUAGUCUCCUGGGAGCCUCCACCGCAGGAUGCACACAACGGUAUUAUUAAGGGUUACCAGGUCUGGUUCCUGGGUAACGAGACACAUGGAGGCUCUAAUAGGACAGUAGAUGGAGGAACGCAUAAUCUAGAAGCUACAGGUCUGGGCCACUGGCUAAAAUAUUGCGUCCGGGUAGCAGCCAUAAAUGGAGCAGGAGUCGGAAUGGCCAGUAACCCUGUAUGCAGCACCCUAGAACCUACAGUGGGGAAAAUGGCAACGAUUCCUGACUUCCUGUCUGCUAACUACAUCCUGGAAGUGAUGCGCCAGCCUGUCUUCAUUGCCAGUGUGGGAUCCGCUCUCUGGAUCAUGCUAAUGGUGCUGGCCAUUUACGUUUGUCAGCAACAAGCCCGGCUGCAUAGCAAGAGACGGCACUAUGGUCUCAGCGAAGGUUUGUACAGGAAUGCAAGUGCCGACACCAUCAUCAAACACAGGGUAGACCCAAGUGAUUCCCCCUGGCUUUCCAACACUUGGAAGUCCACCCCUGGCUCCAAGAAUUACAGCACCAGCAGCAGCCUCAGCAGCCAACUCCUGUGGACUGAGCCCAAAGACUUCCACAAAUCGACUGUGUCCUUCGACAGGCAGAGCCAAGGAUCCCACGUCCAGGCUGUUCCACUGGUGCCUGACAGCAGCAGCAGCAGCAGCUUGUCCGGAACUCUCUACGUGGACCUUCCUGCAAAGGACCUGAAAACCUUCUGCAGUGCUCCCCUGCCACACCUUUCCAGCCCCAGCCUGCCAAGCAUGGAAGUGGCACGGCCAGGUGACCAGAGGCUGAUCCCUCUCUGCGGCCAGAAUCUGAGGAUAGAUCAUGCCAAAAUCCGGGGAGCGUUACGGCAAGGGAAGGCGGCCAGUCCCUCGUCCCCAAACCUUAUUCUCCAGACAACCUGGGAGAAAAACAGCAAGAAAGAGCUGCAACAAGCUCAUAGCACACCUACAACUCCGUCCAGCUUUCCAGCAGACUGGAGCAAUCCCAGCAGACGGAUCAGCGGCCUCAGCGCUGGAAAACACCACAGAAUCCCUGGGGAAACAAAAAAGGUGCUGAAAUCAUACAGCUCUCCAAAAUUCUCGCCGGCCGGUGGCUCACAGAAUACUGCUGGUCUGUUGCCUCCGCCUCCUCCCGUCCCUCCAGGCUUUCAAGUUCCUCAAGAUGACAGCGCCCAGCAAGCAUGUACCUGCACUUGCUACCUGGAGCCUCCCGAGGCCUUGGUGCCCCAGCAACAGGGCGAUGAUUCCCUGCAGACAGCCAAGGGGUCCCCGAGAGAGAUCCAGGCCUUCCCCACUCUGCCGUACGACCGCCUCUCUGCAGCCUCGAUCUCUGUGUCCCUCAACGACGACAGGGAGACGGUGCUUACCCCGGAUGAAGUGGCUGAAUACCUGGAGCUCAGUGAGGAGGCUGAAUGUCCAAGGCAGCAGAGUGACAGCUCCUCCGCUUCCCCUCGGGCUUUCUCUGCACCCCAUACCUAUGGAUACAUCUGCAGCCCGCUGGCCUCAGAACUGCUGGAAACUGAUGGUGCGGAUGAGGAUGAAGACCCCGCCCUGCAGGAGGGGGGCUGCCGUCCCACAAAGUUCUUCCGUGGUUUCUGCAGGACUCCCUCGUCUAGCCUGAGUGAGGAUGAAGCUUCCCUGGGGGGCUCCCUGCUCAAUGGUUGGGGCUCUGUCUCAGAGGACAAUGGCACCAGUACCCGCUGCAGCCUGGUCAGCUCCUCCGAUGGCUCCUUCCUCCUGGACGCCAAUUUUGCUCAGGCCCUAGCCGUGGCGGUGGACAGUUUCUGCUUUGGGCUGGCUCAGAGGGAAGUGGACAAAGCACUGACAG